GUGCAACCAUUCGGAUUCGAGGUUUUGCACACGGCCACGCCGUAUUAGGGAGUGGUGAGCACCUUACUGACGUCGCUUCCUCUGAGAUGCCGUGACAGGCGACGUAGAGCCAUCCUGGCUGUUGAACGCCUUCCUGCGUCUUUAAGCGCGCCGUGCUAGUCGGUAUGGACUCAUCAAUAAAAAUGCUGCCCGUCGCAGCUGUAAACCGGCAUUAGCAUUCCUGCCUUUUGCCCCUCCGCCCUCGUCCACUGCUCGUUCUCUCUGCACUGUUUACUCGAUGAGUUUCUGCGCAUCCGCAAGUUACGUUUCUAUCGCCGCGCUUGUAUACUCCGUAACCGUUUGCGUACACCGGCUCCACUUCCACCCACUAGCGCGCGUGCCAGGACCUCUCCUCGGGGCGCUGACGGAUUACUACGUUACCUACUACGAUAUCGUCAAGGACGGCGCUACUGUUGAUCAGCUGCAGAAAUUGCACGCUAUCUACGGUCCUGUCGUGCGGAUCGGACCCAACGCGCUGCACUUCAGCAACCCCGACGUCUACCACCAAAUAUACACCCGAGGGACUUCAUUCCUCAAGGACCCUGCCCUUUACCGUGCUUUCCCGGAUAAGUCGAGCUUCGGCAGCAUAGAUCCAGUGCAAGCGAAGGCUCGUCGAGACGCCAUCAGCCCUCUCUUCUCCCGCCGCGCGAUCGCGAAGCUGGAGCCUUUCAUACAGGAGAAGAUCGACAAGCUCACCAACAGGCUGCUCAACUACCAUGACGUCUCGAAGCCCGUCGAUCUGCUGCAAGCGCUGAGGGCCGCAACUCUAGAUAUCAUAUACUCCUACUGCUUCGGCGAAGACUGCUAUGCUCUGGACGCACCCGACUUCAAGCACCCCAUCCUCAUGGGCGCGGACUCUGUCAACCGCGCGACCCUGAUCUUCAAAGCCUUUCCCGCAUUGAUCUAUGUCCACAGAUUCCUCAUCUGGCUCCUUCAGCUUCUAGGUUGUCCUGCCUUUGGACCUGGCCUACUCGUCAACAAGAUCUCUACGCAGCUGGAUGGACUGCUCGCCGACUCUAAGGCGUUGGCAGAUGCGCCGCAUGAAACGAUCUUUCAUCACAUACUGCCGGGAGCGAGCGCGAACAAGAAAUCGACGGCAUUUGCGACGCGUAGAAGCCUCUUAGAUGAAGCCUUGAGUCUGCAGAUUGCAGGGAGCCAUACUGUGGCGGCAGCCUGCUAUGUGGGGUGCUUCCACGUCUUGAACAACAGAAGCGUCCACCAACGCCUUACCGUCGACCUGAAGGACGCAAUUCCCGACGUUACGGACGCCGUCCGGUUAGAGAUGGUCGAGAAGCUGCCAUAUCUGACGGCCGUGAUUAAGGAGGCUUUGCGUCUCUCGCACGGUAUCGUAUCGCCCAUGCUACGGACGGUCAACUCGGACGGUGUCGUUCUGGAUGGAAUAGCUGUGCCUCGAGGGACUACCGUGGCCGUUGGGAACACCUUCGUUCAUCUCAACCCGGAGAUCUUCCCUAACCCCCACACCUUCGAUCCCGAGCGGUGGUUAAAAGAGGAUGCGGCUGCACUAGAACACUACCUUGUCGCCUUCUCAAAAGGACAGCGCAGCUGCACCGGUAUCAAUCUUGCAUGGUGCGAGUUGUACUUGAUCCUCGCCACCCUCUUUCGACGGCUCGACCUUGAGCUCGUCAAUAGCAGUCCUGCAAGCAUGGAAUACUCAGCGCAUCUCGUUGCCGUAUUUCAUGGGGAACCGAUUCAGGCGGUAGUGAGGCCAAUGUCUUCGUGAUGAUGAGGGAUACACGUCUGACUGUGGAAGAGCAAGAUAGUUCUUCAUAUUCCCUUGAUGAUGCCUAAUGGAAAUUAUAUGUUACAACGUCAUGACCUAUUUCAAUGUUGGUAGCCUGAUGAUAGCCGCAGUGAACGCCCUAUGUUGCCUUGACUGCUUCUGCAUGCUGAGGAGU